AUGCCUGCGCCCGCAGCCCCACAGCCCCGCCUGCGCCCCGCCGCCCCGGCGCUCCUGCUCCUCCUGCCGCCUCUCGCCACCGCCCUCGCCUGCCACCACCUGCGGCCCCGCCACGCCACCUUCCCCUGGGACAGCCUCCAGCUCCUCCAGGCCGUGGCUCCCAGCCCGCCACAGCCCUGCCACCACCCGCACCCGCCCGCCUUCCCCGACACCCUCCUCCACACCCACCGCCCACAGCAAGCCGCCCACACCGCCCUACGCAUCCUCCAGCACCUCUUCCACACCCUCAGCAGCCCCAGCACCCCCCAACACUGGGACCACGACGCACGCCACCGCCUCCUCAACAACCUCCAGCACCACAUCCACCGCCUGGAGCAAUGCCUCGCAGGCAGCGCCACGCUCGACCAAGCCCAAGGGCCCCGCGACCUGCCGCUCACCAUCAGCAAACACUUCAGCGACAUCCAACACUUCCUCCGCACCCACAACCACAGCGCCUGCGCCUGGGACCGCGUCCGCCUCCAGGCUCGCGCCUGGUUCCUACAGGUGGGCACACUGAUCCGGCAAAUGACGAGCCAAGACGCUCCUGCCCCCCACCCAGCCCACCUGCACCAGAGGUCCAGCCCCACCCAGCGCUGGCAGCCGCGUAUCGAGCAGAGGCGGCAGCAGCCCGGGCUGGGAUUGCUCAGCACUGCUCACACCUCUGCCAGCCAGCAGCCCGCACCGACGGGGAAACGGGCAUGACCGCGGCAAGGGCCCGCACCCCUGCAUCAGGGCCACAG